AUGAAAUUAUCCUUAAUUCUAUUGGCCAUAAUAGGCCUCAUUGCCGUCAGCGCCACCGAAACAAAAAAUUAUACCAAGUAUGCUGAUAAUGAGUUUUUGGUCAAACAAAAAUUUCUACUCGAAAUACUUUACCGUGUUGAGGAUCCUUUAAUGUUCGAGGAAUAUAUCAAAUUGGGCAAAUCAUUUGUUUACAAUGAGGAUGAUUAUUUGUUUCCUGAACAGCACAGCGAUUUCAUGAAGAAAUUCUACGAGGCCUACAAAUAUGGUGUCACUUUGCCUAAGGGUGAAUUUUUCGGUUCCUUGGCAUACUCGCACUUCGAACAAAUGUAUGGUUUGUUUGAAUUCUUCUAUUAUGCCAAGACAUGGGAAAUCUUUCAACGCAAUGUUUGCUGGGCUCGCAUGCAUUUCAACGAAGGCAUGUUCGUCCAAGCUUUGACUUUGGCCGUUAUCCAUCGCGACGACUUCGAAGACUUCAUGCUACCUCACAUAUACGAAAUUUUCCCUCAACACUUUUUCAAUAGGAAAUUCAUCUACAAAGCUGAGAAAUUCGACUACAAUGUAUGGAGUAAAUCCAUAAUGUACGAGAAACAAUACAAGGACUUUCUCUACAAGGACCAAUCGAAACAAUUAAAUCCGUACAAUAACAAACACUAUUUUUACACCAAAGAUUGGCAAUUUUGGAAAUGGUGGAAACUCAUGGGUAUGAGUGAGGAUUGGUACAGUACGCUGUAUUUUAUGUUACGCGACAACAUGAGUGGAUUCCUCGAGAACUCGAAAUAUAUGGAUGUCAUGAAUGAUGUUAAAAUGUUUUUCAUGCCUAUCGGCUAUACCCGAGAUGUUCACACUUUCAACGAAGAAUCUGCAUUGUCGUAUUUUACUGAAGAUGUGGAAUGGAAUUCAUAUUGGUACUACUUUAACAUGGAUUAUUAUCCCUAUCUUAAAGCCAAAGAUUUGGGGUUGAAGAAGGAACGUCGUGGCGAAUAUUAUUUCUAUGUUGUCCGCCAAAUGCUGGCUCGUUACUAUUUGGAGCGUUUGUCCCAUAGACGUGGCAAGAUUCCUGAAUUCAACUUCUUCAGUGAUGUGAAAUAUGGAUAUGAUCCUCAAUUGGUCAACUACAAUGGUGUCGGUUAUUCCUAUCGUAAGAAUUAUUACGAAUAUGGAACCAAUGGCAACGCUGACUACAUGUAUGGAAUCAUUGAGUUCUUCAAACGUAUGGAUAAAAUUAUAACAGAAGGAUAUUUUGAGACCUAUGAUGGCAAAGUGAUUGAUAUGCGCAAACCGGAGUCCAUUGAUUAUCUCGGUGAUAUGAUGCAGGGAAAUGUGGAUAACUACGACAAAUAUUUCGCUACGCUUUGGUACAUGUAUGCCCAUAUGUAUUUUGCCCACAUUGAUGAUAACGAUUUCCAUAUCCAUCCAAAUAUUUUCCUCAACUAUGAAACCAUGAUGCGUGAUCCCAUGUUCUACAUGAUCUAUAAGAAAUUUACGGAUGUCAUUUAUAAAUUCUACGAUCACAUUGAACCAUAUACGUACGACGAUUUAUAUUUCCCCGGCAUUUUCAUCGAAGAUGUUAAUGUCAGCAAUUUGAUGACCUAUUUUGAUUUAUUCGAUUUUGAUGUUACAAAUUUGUUGAACGACAAGAUGACCUUCGUGGAUGGCCAAUUUGUGUGGGACAAGACAUUGUUGGCUCGCCAAAUGGCGCUCAAUCAUCGUGACUUUGACUUUGAAUAUAUUAUAAAAUCACGUAAUGAUGAAAAGGUGAUUGUUCGUGCCUUCCUAGGACCGAAAUAUGAUGAGAUUGGUCGCGUUAUUUCACUGAAUACGAACCGUGAAAAUUUUGUUGAAAUCGAUCAUUUCUAUUAUGAAUUGAAAUUGGGUGUUAACACUAUAAAACGCAGAUCAAAGGACUUUAUGGACACGGCGGAUAAUCGCAUUAAAUACACCGAAUUAUACAAAUUAAUUAUGAUGGCUUACGGCGACGACAAUAACAACAAAUUGGCUUUGGAUAAUUUUAAAUCCCACUGCGCUUUUCCGAAUCGUUUGAUAUUGCCACGUGGUUGGGAGAAGGGUAUGCCUAUGCAACUCCUUUUCUAUGUAUAUCCAGUUACUGACACGCAAUAUGAAACACAAUCCUUUGGCUGCGGUAGACGUCUCAACGAUGAUGACAAACCUUUUGGAUUUCCAUUGGAUCGAAAAAUUAAUGAAUUUGAAUUCUUCGAGUUCUUUGUACCAAAUAUGUUACUUAAAGAUAUUAAGAUUUAUCAUGAAUAUGUUCUUUAA